AUGCCGCGUCGCGCCGUCAAAUCCAGACUAUUGGCACCGCCCAGUCCGCCCGAUAUGCAACGAUUUGACGCGAUACCCGAACUCGUAUAUCCCUCAAACACCUCUCAAUACCAUGCCAGUCAUCGAAUUUGGCCUCAUGGGCGUCGGCCCACUCACAACAUCGCAGACCCAACCACACCCUCGGCGCCGUCCCGCACAAAGCAUGGCGUUCCGUCACGUCGGCACCAGGAGGGCCGCACUGGACGCACGACGGUCUGGAAGUCGAUGGUCCUUUGA